AUGCCCUCUCGAACUCUCAAAUUAUCCGACAAGGCGGCUCUGCCUUUUAAAACCAACAAUAAACAACGCCGACAAGAACUCCACAUCAAACAGAAACGUGCAAGAGAUGCCUUGAAGCGAGCACAGCGAUUUAGUCGGAAGAAGGACGAGUCAAAGAAUCCAAGACUUAGAACCGAAAGACUUGCGCGGAAUGUUCCUAUCACACUCGAUCGAAAAAGAGUCUUCGACGAUGUCCUGGAUGAACCUGAAGACGGUGGACUUGGAAUAGCAUAUGAUAUUGAGAGGUUGAAGAGAAGAAAACUCGCCGAAGAGCAGGACUUGACUGGAGAUGUCGAGGAGGACGAUGACCUCUCCGAAGAUAAAGAGUCGGAUGACGAGGACGCGGAUUCUAUGCUCGACUCGGAUUCCGAAGAGGAAGAAGACCUCGAACCGGACGAGACAAACAUCGAUCCUCUCCCUUCCAAACAUCAACUUAAAUCCUCCAAACUCAAAGACACCCCUUCAUCACAAAGAGCAACCUCACCCACUCGCUCAACAACCUCGACCAACCUAUCUCUCGCUCCUGCUGCAUUGGCCUCGAAAUUCCCUACCCUCUUCCCCCCGGCCGACGGUCCACCACCACCAGAACCCAAAGCCCUCAUAACCACCUCAAUCAAUUCCACCCUCCACCGCGAAGCCGCCAUCCUGACGUCCCUAUUCCCCAACUCCAAAUACAUCCGGCGCUCAUCCCACCGCUACGGGUACAAAUUCUCCGUCCGAGAAAUCUGCCAAUUCGCCAGUAAACACUCGUACACCUCGGUGAUGGUCUUGGAAGAAGACCAAAAGAAACCGUCCGGCCUCACCAUCGUCCACCUCCCAGAAGGCCCCACAUUCCAUUUCAGUAUAUCCAAUUUCUACACCUCAAAAGCCAUUCCCGGCCACGGUCGAGCCACCGACCACGUGCCCGAACUCAUCCUCAACAACUUCAUCACUCCCUUGGGUCUGCUCACCGCCCACCUCUUCCGAAGUCUGUUUCCCAACACACCAGAGAUCCGUGGCCGACAAGUCGUCACGCUACACAAUCAGCGUGAUUACAUCUUCUUUCGUCGCCAUCGAUAUAUUUUCCGCGAGAAGCGAGAGAGGGAGAAAUCAGUGGUGGGUGCAGACGGGAAAGAAGUCAAAGGGAUGGAGGAGAUUCGUGCGGGUCUGCAGGAAUUAGGUCCGAGAAUGACGUUGAAGUUGCGGAGAAUAGACAAGGGGAUUCAGCGAGCGAGUGGUCAGGAAUGGCAGUGGAAGAGUAGGAUGGAGAAGGUUAGGACGAAGUUCCAGUUGUAGAUGAUGA